UUGCCGUCUCCAUCAUCCAUCCCCUUCUCGCUUGCUCCCUACAUACUAACCGUUCCGUCCAUGUCCCUGCGGCUCCUUUUCUUCGGUCAUCCGCUCCUGGGUGGCAUCUAGUCGUCAUUGCCUCCCUUCCCUUCCCUUUCCCUGGUUUCCUUUCGCACCUGCUUCCACCCUCCUCCUGCCCUCUCGAUGAGUGUCCGUCUUGUCGCGCUUCCUCGACCGUCUGAUUGGUCCUAAGAAUCUCGCCUGCUGCACGAAACCCAGUCUUGAGCGUUGAUCUCCCUGAGUCCCCUGAUCACUUGUCUUUUGCAUCUCUCACAGCCCUUCAACUAUGCGACCGCCGCGUUUGCUCCUGGUCGUUUUCUGCCUCAUCUUCCUUCCCAUCCUUCUCACAUUCUUCUCGGCCUUCACAUCUUCGCCUCGGGUAUCCACUCCCAGUUCGCUCGCGGGUCGAGCGUCGGGUCUGCAUGCCCUCUUCUCCUUCAACAUCCCCUCAUCUCUCUUCCCGCCCUCCGCCAUAAUCAGCCUGACCGAUGACAAUUCGACCUUUUUCUUGGCCCGACCUGCAGCGUUUGGCCCUUUGCUUCCAGACAAGGGACUGAGUGGCCAGCUGUGGAUCGGCAGCGGCUUUGGGGAACGGACGGCGGCUGGAGCAGAAGGGGAGUUGGGAUGCUCCGAUAUCCCGGGUUGGGGCGAGGGCGAUAGUCCGAAGCCGGGUACGGGCGCAGAUAGCACACCUGGGAAGUCGGGGUCGACUCCUGGAAACGAACCGACCGUCUCCCGGGGCCAUCGCCAUGCGAAUCCCCAGCCGGAUGCCGACCUCCAGCACGACCCCAGGACUAAGUCGACCCCGUUGACAAAUGACGGUACGGAUGACCAUCUCCACCACCCUCUUCCCGAGUCAGAGGUUCCCGACGCAGGGAACACGGAAAAGCAUGGGGAACAUUAUCCUAAUCGGCAAGCUGCACAUGCGGAUAUUCAAUCCUUGCAAGAAAGCGCCGAGAUCGACGGCAAAGUCGUCCUACUGAGUAGGGGCGGCUGUGGCUUCCUGGAGAAGGUCAAGUGGGUCCAGCGGCGUGGAGGAAUCGCUCUGAUUGUGGGGGACGACACUCGAGGAGGAAGCUUGGUCACCAUGUAUGCACGGGGUGACACCUCUAAUGUGACAAUUCCCGCCUUGUUCACCUCCCAUACCACGGCACAUCUGCUGUCGUCCUUGGUUCCUCCGCAAGGGGAGGAGUCGGGCGCAGACGAUGGAUUUGGACCCCACACCAAAAUUUCAGGUCACGGCAACACCGCCACAGCGACUACAUCUAUCGUUCCGUCAUCCACCUCCAGCCACAAGGCCGUGACUCAUGAGAGUGCGGUUCCUGCGAAACCAAAGGCUGGGCUCGUCCACUCCCUGCUGUCCUUUUUCGGACUUGGCAACCAUGGUGGGUCUGCCUGGUAUCCGCCGGAGGACAGUCGCCGUCCGCCAAGCAGCGGAAACAUCGACUGGAUUCUUCUGGAUCGCUGGGACGACCAGGAGCCGUCACAGGACGAUGUGGAGCGCAAAAGCUCCCGAACCAAAACUGACGGUGCAGCUGAAGACCUCAAGAAAUCCGGCGCGCAGUCGACCAGUACGGACGGCGAUGGAUUCGUUAUCGGGGUGCAAGACUGGCGAGAUCCAGACCUUGUAGUUCCGAAGGGCAGCGCCCUUCCGUCGCCGACGAGUACCACCGAAGCGGACGGUAGCAAAGUGCAGACCAGUGUCAAGGGGUCACAGCCCACGCCCGCUACCCUGAAGGGUGGCAGCAUCACUCCGGGGAGCGGGGAAUAUCGUACCGUUGAGAAAUCCAGCGUCACGAAGGAGUCAAAGACGGAAGACUCUGGUCGCAAAUCUCCGCCUGAGGAUGUGAGAAAAGAAUCCUCUUCUCAGCGGAACGGCUGGUUUGCUCGGCACUUCCUUUGGGCAACGGACGAUGAGCCCGAUUCCCACCCAAGUCCCCGGGUCCUUGGGCAGACCGCCGAGGACCAGAAACUCCACGAAGCGAUUUCUAAGAGUCGCCAGGGCGUUAAUGCAGCAGAACAUGACGGCUUGUGGGUCACAUUGACGCCAACAAGCAUGUCGACCAGUCCUUUCUUUGAUACCCUCCUCGUCCUGGUGGUCAGCCCGUUACUCACAUUGACCGUUGUCUAUGUCCUGUUGUUGCUGCGGUCUCGUAUCCGGCGGAGACGGUGGCGCGCCCCCAAGUCUCUCGUGGAUCGCCUGCCGGUACGAACCUACCAUACUAUUACGACAUCUUCCUCCGGGAGCAGCUCUCCGCGAUCCGUCAGCCCUGGUCCGGUGUCGCCGACUUCGCCAUUAUUGGGCGCCAAGAGUCGUUCGGGACGUGCUCGGUUAGAACCCCGGCCCCAGCAGAAAUCACAUACUACCGAUGUGGCGAGUGCAUCGAAAGUGUCAUCACCGAAGAAGGAAAAAUCUGGCUCGACGCUAUGGCGACGGAAGUACACCGGACGACAAGUCGAGUGCGUGGUGUGCCUGGAGGAAUAUGUCGAUGGGCAAAGCAGGGUGAUGAGUCUACCUUGUGGCCAUGAGUUCCAUGCGGAGUGCAUCACGCCUUGGCUGACGACCCGCCGGCGAACUUGUCCAAUCUGUAAAGGCGACGUGGUCCGAUCCAUGUCACAGAAUAAAGCUGUCGAGACUCACGAGUCAGGGGAGCCCCUAAUUGAAGAUGAAUACCGGCAUGACUCGGAUUCUCAUAGCUCAUCGUCGGCGCCGGUGCCGAUUGCUGGGGUGAGCGAGGACGAAACGUCGGAUCUCGAGCGCCAUGCUGGCUCCGAAACGGGCCUCGUCGAGGGACAAGCGUCGUCGGCGCCGCCGAGUUGGAGGAACUUUGCGGCUUUGAGUUACUCUGCUCUUAGUGGCGAUACGAUCUGGCAUCAGGCUCAGACGGAAGGCAACCGGUGAUGUGCGUUUCUUACAUAUAUUAUUAACCGCCCCUGUAUCCCUUGGAUGUAUGUGAUAGUGGAGGGGGUUUCGUCCUUUCCAGCGUUCUUUUCGUGAGCAGCAUUAGCGAUGUUUUGACCGUUCUUGCUUUGGCGUUUGAUGGUUGAUAAGGCAAGCACUAGCGACCAUUGGGCAAGAAUCGAUUCAAUAUCAGUUCUGUA